CCUGGAAACCCGAGCAGGCUGCAUGCCCCCUCAUCUGAUUGUGGAAUUUUUCAUGAUCUGAUCCGUUCCCGGUCUGGUGUUGUUGUUGUUGUUGUGCCAGAAAGGGAGGUUGUGUUGCCCGCUGCUCCUUUCUUGUCUUGUCCCGUGAGUCCUGUCGCACUUGACAGGUUUCAUUGCAAGAGUCCCUUGCUGCGUGUCAUGCCCGCUGGUCUUUCCGAGCGCAUUGCAGUUUGACUGGUUGUACGUUUCCUUGAACACCGAGCGACAUGAGGAGCCUAGACAAGAACUUCCGACCUCACCUCGAGCACCUAUUUAAUAGCUCUUUCAAUGGUAGCUUCCUGAAACCGUUGCAGUUGAGAGAAGAACAGACAAGUGCUCCAGCUAUUUAUCGAGACAAAAAUGUUUGCGACCACUUCAAGUUGCACAUUCCGUAUGCUGGCUAUGUGUUAGUAUGGGAAGUUCGUUUUGAUUCGAACUGUCCUGAAUUUGCCCCUGACUUUUUAUUUGAUGAUGAAGCAUUCACAUCAUUUCUUACUAUUGAUAUGUUAUGUGAGAGGGUUCCAAGUCUUGAGAACUGGGACACAGAAAAUCCUGAAUGUCUGACGAAUGUCAUUCAAGAACUUCUCAACUUGUAUACUUUAUUUCAGUUGAAGCGUUUAGAGAAAGAUGGAUCACCCCUCAGUGAUGAGUGUUCUAAGCUAGUGCAGGAGUUUGAACUUAAAGAAGACCAAAUUCAAGUACUGUCAGGAGACUCUCCCAUUAUUCCACACCAUUACACAGGCUCUUCUAGGCCCCCUCACGACACAGUCAGUAUUUUGUUCCUCCAAGUAGAAAAACUAUUGAAUUUUGAAGAAAUACUGGGUGAAAUGGCAUUACAAUUCAAUUUACGUGAAUUUUCACCAAAUGCUGUACUGUUACACAUGGGCCCAGUUUUAAGGAACUUACUUGGUGGUGAUGUAUCAGAAUUGGAAGUCCCUAGUUUCUCGAGAAGUGAGGGGCUUUCAUCCUACUUUGGCAAUGCUCUCCGAAUUUUGAGAGAAACUUUCAACCAGGAGAAUCAAAGCUUUGAGAAACGAAAAGAGUUCCAUCUUGGUCUGCGCUUUGACCUUCUUGGACUUGAUCAAUUAUCUGUAAUACCCAUAGAAAAUGAUGUACCUGAUUUCACGACAAGUUCUUACAGGAUUGAAGUAGACAAAUUUUGUGCUGUAUUAAUAGUGCGAACACCAAGGCACAGUACUGCCAAUCCCAGGAUUUCUCUCCGCACCCUUUCAGGAAGUUCUCAUGAUGUUCAUGGUGGAUGUUUGUGGGACUUGCAAGUGGCUAUUGAAGCUAUAAUGAAUUCUCUAAUGGACCUCAAGGCUGACUGAAAAUUUUAAUUCGCUUGUGAUUGUUUUCUUUAUUUGUCCAGUAAGAGAUUACAACUUUCUUUCUUUUCUUUUGUACACUUGUUGUAAGGUUGUUAAUUCUAACUGCAUAUUCUCUGUAGAGUAUUCUGUCAAAUACACAAUGUAACAAAAAUAUAAUUUUUUAUAAUAACAGGUUUAUAAAAAUAUAUAUGACAAUUUCACUUUA